UGUUGCGUGGUAUUUAAUUACCAAGGCGCCCUUGUAGCAACAGCAGCAGCAACGGCACCAACAAAGAGGCCACAUCGCAACGGCACACGGACAGACACAGCAGAUCACAGCAGCGCUGACGUAAAUUUAACAACGCAAGCAGUGAAAGCAACGACCGCAGCAGUGGCAGUUGAGGGGACAACAAUAUUUAAGGAAGAACGAAAAACAAGCUCUAUUGGGGUGGAUAGGCGCGCUAUCAGCAUUUCGGUUGAGCCAAGAGACCGUUUCAUAGGAGCGGCGACAGUGAAAGCAGCAUCCCCAGCAGCAAUACUACGUACACAAACAACAGCAAGCCAUUACGUCAAUUCGGUCAAUUUACAUGAAAAUCGAGAGAAUCAUCGAAGCAGGGAGCGAAAUCAAUUCCAACGCUAUAAUCGUGAAACUUUCAGCUUCACCCUUACACUAGUCACUGCGCUGCUCCUCUACUGGUGGUGUACGUCAAACAAUUUCGUCGUGGCAGGAGCAUUGCCUGAGGUCUCAACUGCAAGUGGUAAUGAAGUUCAUGGCGAUGGCGGUGCGGAUAAUGGCUUAGCUUUUCCCACUGUUGCCGUGAACGCCAGCAGGAGCCCCUGCACUCUCAAUAUACAACGAAAUGUUAGCUGCCACUCAGCGCUUCCCCACAGUGACGUCUAUGAUACCAAUGGCAACGUUUACAAUGUACAACAACCCAUUACCGAAACUACAGUUUCACUACAGUUUAUACAACCCUCAGAAGUCUUCGACACCGCAACUACUAUCAAAUCUGUCGCUGCUGCCAACGAAAGCGUGGAGAGUGUCACCAUUACUCCGCUUCUCAUCGUCAGUGCCGCCAGUUUCACUGACAAUGCGUCCACCGAGCCCGACAUUGAUCAAGUGCCGCAGAUUCCUGGAUACAUAUGCACCACUGCUAUGUGCUUUUGCAUAGCAAUCAUGACGCUGGGUGUUAUUGGCAACAUUAUGGUGCCAAUUGUUAUUGUGAAAACCAAAGAUAUGCGCAACUCCACCAACAUCUUCCUCACCAACCUCAGCAUAGCCGAUCUAUUAGUGUUGCUUGUGUGCACACCUACUGUUUUGGUAGAGGUAAACACGCGACCUGAAACCUGGGUGCUGGGCCAUGCAAUGUGCAAAGCAGUGCCCUUUGUUGAGCUGACAGUCGCGCAUGCCAGUGUGUUGACCAUUUUGGCCAUCUCAUUCGAGCGCUAUUACGCUAUCUGUGAGCCUCUGAAAGCUGGCUAUGUGUGCACAAAGGCGCGCGCAAUCCUUAUUUGCAUACUGGCGUGGGGCUUAGCUGCGAUAUUUACCAGUCCCAUCGUUCUAAUCGCCACCUUUCGCACGGAACGUUACUACGAUGACACUGAGGUGGCUGUGUGCUUCACAUCAGCGGACACUUUUUGGUCAGCCUUCUACUUUAUUACUAGCAUUACAAUAUUCUUUGUUUUGCCCUUCAUUGUGCUGGUUUUGCUCUACACCGCAAUUGCAUACAAACUUCUGCGUCGCAACAUCGACUUUCAUCGACCCACCACCGCCGCUCACGUACCAUCGACCACCUGCUUAAGCUCUGUUAUACUGCGGCAGCAGUCGCUGAAUAAGCUACCAUUCCAAAUGCCACAGCAAAAUAGCGCAGGCGCUCAACAACUAAGCACCGGCAUGCGCAAACAUCGCAAACAAGUGAUUUUCAUGUUAGUCGCCGUAGUUGCCAGUUUCUUUCUUUGUCUUUUGCCCUUCCGUGCUUUCACAUUGUGGGUUAUCGCUGCGCCUACGGAGGAUAUCGCCGAUCUGGGCAUUGAUGGUUAUUAUGGUGUCCUAUACUUCUGUCGCAUAAUGUUCUAUCUGAAUUCUGCCCUCAAUCCAAUACUCUACAAUCUGAUGUCAUCGAAGUUUCGCACUGGAUUCUGGCGUUUAAUUAUCUCCUGCAGCGGCCGAAACACAGAACGUACUAUCGGGCGCCGUAAUAGAGGAGCCGCAACCACAACCACGACUGCAAAUAGCCAGCGUCAAAUGAGAGCCAAGCAAUCAGCAAUGUUUGACCAACGGCGUCUCAAAUUCAAGCGUGAAUCAACAUUUGUGGUAAGCUCGUCCAUUUCCACAUCGUCAGGCACGGAGCGGAGCAGUAGCGUGUCGGCAAAUGCCGUUCGACCACUUAUGGUUCAACGAUCGGUCGUAGGUUCGGCAAUUAUCGAUAUAACCCGAAGUACGGUGACAAGUGCGUGCCCAUUGGAAAGUGAUGAAUUUGUAAUGCUUGAGAAAAAUUAAAGUUUACCACACUUAUUUAUGUAUAUGUAUGUAUAUGUAUGUUUGUACAAUGCGAAAUGAAAUGCAUUUUUAGUAAGACUGAUAAACCUCAAAGUCAAUAAUAUUUUUCGUAAAAAGGAGCU